CGCUGAUGGAGGAUAUUUUUUUUUAGGCAGGGGGGUCUUAAAAGAGUCUGGUAUGUGACAUUUUAUGUUAACGCUGUUUAAAGACACGGUGCGAUGAGCUGCAAUUUUCCAUUCACUUCUAUCGAAACUGAGCGGAAUGUUUUCCCCACGGUGUGGGCGUGGCCUCAACGCGCGGAAUGUUUUCCCCACGGUGUGGCGUGGCCUCAACGCGCGGAAUGUUUUCCCCACUGUGUGGGCGUGGCCUCAACGCGCUCUGUACAGAGUUCGCGAGGAUGACGUCAUCACCACUAGAGUAUAUACACGCCUGGAGUUCGAAGUGCCUCAUUCAGUACUCUGGAGCUCGCGAGUACUGACGUCACAAACACGGUUUUAUCGACACAAUCAAGGUAAGCAACAAAGAAAUGGAAAGCAGCAACGAAACAGUAAGCAGCGAAGAAAUUCACAUUACUGAGGUCCUGAGAAGCAUGGGCUUUACGUCGAUGUUGAACAUUGGUGGAGGGAAUUUCUCUACAGUUAAGCUGGCCAAAACGUCCAGGUACCCAGGUGUCUCCACGGUCGCUAUUAAAAUAAUAGAAUGCCAGCUGCUAGCAUCUUCUGUGCUUUCUAUUUUUUUUUCACGGGAACUUAGCAUCAUGAAAAUAGUGAAGCACCCACACAUUGUGCACGUUUAUGAAGUAUUUGAGUUGCCUGGUGGAGCUGUGUGCAUCGUCAUGGAAGCUGCCUCAGCUAAUCUUGCUCAAGUUAUUGAUAACAGUAACGGCAUCCCCAUUCGCAUAGUCAAGAAGCGGUUCUCCCAGAUUGUCAGCGCUGUGGAAUAUCUGCACAACAACGACAUUGUUCACCGUGACCUGAAGUGUGACAACGUUCUACUAAGCGCAGAUGGCAAUGUCAAAUUAGCAGACUUUGGGUUUAGCCGCUUUAUGACAGGUGAACUCAGUGAUACGUUUUGUGGCAGUCUUUGGUACGCUGCACCUGAGUUGUUAAUAUCGAAUUGCUAUGACCCCAAGAAAAGUGACGUUUGGAGCCUGGGGAUCAUUCUUUAUUAUAUGGCCACAGGGGAUCUGCCCUUCAAAUGCCACGAUAAUAUAGAACUCUCAAUACAACAUCGCGAACCAGUUACGUUUCCAAAGCAUUGCAAUGUAGAGGAGGAGUGCCGCAUUUUCAUCUCCUAUAUGCUGCAGUACGAUCCUCAGAAUCGUCCUUCAGUGUCUGAGGUGGCACAGCACCCGUGGCUGCAGUCCUUCCAAAAAGAUGUUCAGGCCCAGAGUAGCAGCAGCUCUGUAAGCAAUGAGAAAGACAUGUCCACUUCUGAAAACGCUAGUGCACCUUGCCCAAACGUUGAGCCUGUGCUGGAAGCUGGUGCAAGCAAAGAGGUUGUGGAAGAGGUGGAGAUUGGCUGCAGUGAUGAGUCACCCCAUACUGCAGGGAAAAGGGCACGUGAUGCUAGUAAUAAAUGGCUAGCAUCAACUCUAAAAUUCUUCAAGUCACUUCUGAGGAGAAUUAAAAAGCUUUUCAGGAGAAACAACUAUAACAUGCAUGACUCCACCUCUGCUACUACCCAACAGCAGUGUGCCAGUGACUGUGUUUUCUUCCUACAAGCUUCUGCUACUUCAGAUUCUGAGCACAACAGCAAGCAUGGCCAGAGGUCCAAGAGGCAAAUAAUCCGUAAAUUCCUCCAGCACAUAAUAAAGAGGAAACAAAAGGUAAAGCCCAUCUAGACAGAUACUCGGCAUGGCUCUUGGAAAUGAUGACGACUCACUGAUUGGAUUUGAUUCUAAAGAAAAAAAACCCACUCUGUGGGCCAGUGGUGAAAGCAGAACCAGUGCUCCCACAGCCCACAUUGAAUCAGGUAAUAUUUUACGCUGCACAGAUGGACCUACGUUUUAUAGCUGUUUAUUUAUAAAAUUAUACUUCUUUACAUUAUAUUUUUGUUGAAAAAUAUAUAUAGACAAUUCCACAUCGCAUCAUUAAUUUGACUUGAUAUGCUUUAUAUAGCACACUUACAGUCUUUCUGCAUCAAUAAAAUGUUUAUUUCCUUAUUCAUGACUGUAUUU